CUCCGGAAUCGUUGAAGCAGAUAUCGUCUGCAUGUGCAAGGACGACAUUUGAAUUGCAAAAGGCGUCGCUAAGGAUUAUCAUGCGUUUAUGUAAGGCGUGCAUUUGCCGUCCUCAGAUCGUUUUCUGCUUCUCUCUAAGUGUUCCAAGAAUUUUAACUCUGUCCAUGAAACAUGACGGAAAUAUUUCAGCACAGGGCAGGUUAACGACCUUGCCGCUGCGGGCCUCACUCCUCUACCUCAGAGAGGUGAUCCUCCAGGACUCAGUAGCCAUGCGGCGUCAAUUCCCCAGCCACCCUGUGUGGGACCACCCUGCCUUCCAGCAUCCAGCGUACGCAGCCUUCGCGCAGGAUGUCGACGCAUCACUCGACCCAGAGGCAGCGCCUAGUCGCCUGUCAGUCCUGUAUCAAGCCAUCCCUCUGCUCGCCGACCAGCUGCAGGCGCUAGAGGCUCGCAACGAGCAGCGCGUAGAAGAGCUUAAGCAGUCUAUCAGCCAGCUGCUCGCGCUGCAGAGCACGCAGUCUCUACAGCUACAGACCCUAACGUCUGGCAACCUUGUGUUCCGUAGAGGCGUCUUAGAUGCCUGGCAACCUCCUGCCUUCCGCCGCCGCCGUCGCUAUCAGCAGACGGAGUCUCCAGCAAGUACACGUCCGCUCAAGCCAGCAUCGCGCCCACGCCCUCUCCAGACUCACCUCGCCUGUGCCCCUUACCAGCAGCACCAGCGGCGCCAGCGCUAGACCUAGCGCUAGAGCCAGCACCAAGGCACCGCAUGUGCCGUGCAGCACGGACGGUAGACGCCCUCUGGCGCGAGUGGACAGUAGGCCUGCAAGGCCAGCCUUCCAUCACUGACCUAGAUCGGCAAUGAGGGGCACUGUGGAGGGCUGGCCGGCACAGCGAGCAGCAGUGGUACUCGUUGCGGCUUGAGGUCAUCAAGGAGAUCCGACGGAU